CUGAUAUCACACAGUAUUUGUCUGCCACUGCCUUUUCCCAGACACGCAUUGGUCAGUUUCUUCACAGCACCAUGCCGAUCAAGGAGCAGCCUACCUGGAAAAUGCACUUUCUGUAAAUUGUUGUGUUUGUGCAUUUACCACUGAGGGGAAAAAAGGAACUCGGGCAGAAUCAAAGUUGGAGGAAGGACAGCCGAGCUUCCCUCUAGUCCAGUUCUCUCUGUCCAAAAGAUGUCAGCAUCCCCUGCCAGCACCCUAGGAAGGGGAACCAAAACCUCUAAAGCGUCAAAGGAUCAUAAAAAGCCUACACCAGCUGCACUCAAAGGCGCCAUCCAGCUGGGCAUCGGUUAUGCUGUGGGAAACCUCAGCUCGAAACCAGACAGAGAUGUUCUCAUGCAGGACUUUUCUGUGGUGGAGAGCGUCUUCCUGCCAAGUGAGGGUAGCAACCUGACCCCGGCACAUCACUUCCCAGAUUUCCGUCUGAAAACAUACGCCCCACUGGCUUUUCGCUACUUCAGAGAGCUCUUUGGCAUCAAACCAGACGACUAUCUGUACUCCAUAUGCAAGGAGCCGCUGAUAGAGCUGUCCAACCCCGGUGCUAGCAGUUCCUGGUUUUACCUCACCAGCGAUGAUGAGUUCAUCAUCAAGACAGUGCAGCCUAAAGAGGCAGAGUUCCUGCAGAAGCUGCUUCCUGGCUACUACAUGAAUCUCAAUCAGAACCCAAGGACAUUACUGCCCAAGUUCUACGGCCUCUACUGCAUCCAGUGUGGAGGCAUCACCGUUCGAGUGGUGGUCAUGAACAAUGUGCUGCCGCGAGCAAUGAAGAUGCACUACAAGUACGACCUGAAGGGAUCCUCGUACAAACGCCGCGCCUCACGCAAAGAGCGUGCCAAGCCCUCACCCACAUUCAAAGACCUGGACUUCCAGGACAUGCACGAGGGCCUGGUCUUUGACCCAGACACAUAUAGUGCCUUGAUGAAGACCUUGCAGAGGGACUGUCGGGUCCUGGAAAGCUUUAAGAUCAUGGACUACAGUCUCCUGCUGGGGAUUCACGUUCUGGAUAGGAAGCCGCUGAGCAGAGGAAGCAGAUGCGACAGCAGGAGAGGACAGAAAGUCCUCUACUCCACCGCCCUCGAGUCCAUCCAGGGGAAUGUCAAGGACCCAGAACCAGUGGCAGAUGAUGACACAUUGGGUGGAAUUCCUGCCAAACAUAAAGACGAGAGUCUGCUCAUCUUUUUAGGAAUUAUCGAUAUUCUUCAGUCUUACAGGUUCGUUAAGAAGGUGGAACACUCCUGGAAGGCUCUUGUACAUGACGGGGACACAGUGUCAGUGCACAGGCCCAGUUUUUAUGCAGACAGAUUUCUGAAAUUCAUGGGCACGACUGUUUUCAAGAAGAGCCAUCCUUUAAGAGGAGCAUCUUCAAAGAGGAAGAAGAACUCUCUUUAUGCAAAGUCAGUCUCCCAGGAGAUUCUGUCCCCGCUGAAGGAGAGGAAGGAGGAGAAGAAAGCCCAAAGCAUGGACAACCUGGAUGGAAACUUUUACAGUUCCUCCAAACAGCCGGAUCUUCUACCUGAGUCUGCCGUUUCUUUAAAAUUGAGCGGAAAAGAGGAAGAAGACUAUGAAAACAGUGAAGACCGACGAGCCUCCAGUUCAACGAUUGCUCUGGACGAUCCACUGCCGCCCCUCAGCAGAAGCCAAUCUGACUCUGAACUGGAUGUCUACUUGCCUCACACAGUCUCACCCAGGCGACCCAGCUGGAGCUGAUCAGUCGUCAAUAAAGUUGAUGAGAAACCGGGUUAUUGCUCCUUUCCAACCACCUGCACUUGUGAACUUUGAAACACCAACCGCAGUCCAACAACAUGAAGACAUCAGGACUUCAGCAAACAUGGCACAAACUACAAGAAGUAGCCUGUUCUUCUCAUUUUCUCCACUGUGAGCAUCACUAUGAUCCUUGUAGAUGCGUAAUGCAGUCACUCGAGAAAAAAAAGUCCCAGGUUUCAAUCUCAGAAAAAAUCUGCUCUGUUUUUCCAAAAUAAUGAGAUGCCUCCUCCAUGAAUGUGGGAAUGUUCUUCCUGCUUGCGCUGAGUAGGGCUUGUUACUUCUGCUGCCAGUUUUUAAUCCAUCUGUACUUCAUUUGACUCCCAAAUUUUCUAACAGCUUUUUACUUUUACUCUCUACACUUUAACCACUUUCUAUACCUUACAUUUAAUAAUCGUACUUUAGUUUUAAAACAUUUGAAGUGUGUUAUUAUUUCACUGUGCACCUUCCAGACAUCAUAGCAAUAUGAAUGUAUAUGUAGAGAAGGAUAAUACAUAAAAGACAGUCCCACUGGUGUAUCUACCAACUGAUAUGCAAGGUGUAGAGUUGAAAGAUGCAAAAACAAAAAAAAAAACAUGCACACAUGCAGGGAAGAUGAGUGUGAAGCAAAGACAGAGAAAAGUACAGCUGGUGAUGUCAUGACAUGAAAUCAAGACACUGGUCUGUUAGCGUUGCACAAAAAUAGCUAGUGAAAAAAGAAAUACUUUUUAUUUGAAGGGUUAAAAAUGACAAAUUCUAGUAGAAACAAAGCAAUUUCAACUUAGUUUGUAUCUAAUAAAAUAUAUUUAUACUAAAAAUGAACAAAUCUGAAUAAACCUCAGUUUUCAUAAGCCUAAUAACAUUAUUUUCAGUGAAUACUGUUUAGUAAUUGAGUUAAUUGUAAACCAUGUAGGUUUUUGAUGUUUGAAUGGCCAAAAACAUUUUUAGGUUGAUUUGUUUCUACAAAGAAAAACAGCUGCUUAUAUAUUGAUUACAAUAUAUCAAUAAGAUAAGUAGCUUCCUGUUCUUUACUUCUUUGUGUAAUUUCAUUCGAUUUUAAUGUUGAUCUUAGUUCAAAGUAAAACAUAAAACAUACAGUGACAGUCAAAAGUCUGGACACAUUUGAGGGCAGGGAUGUUUGUUAUUGUCUGAGACAAUUUUAAUUUAAAAAAAAAAUUGCUGUGAUAAAUUAAGAUUCCUAACAGAUCACAAAGGCACAUUUGUGGUUUAGCUUUCCUCUCACUGGGAUAUUAUUGAUUUCUUUAUAAAUAAAAAAAAUAUUUGGUAGUAUGGCAAAGAAAGCUCAACUGACUGAAAGUCAGAAAAACAGGAACCCAGUUGAGACAGAAAUCCCUUUGGGGAAGUGUCAGAAAGGCAUCUGGUGUGAAAACCUACCAAAUCAAACAUAUGCAGCACCUGCUGCGGCGACCCCUUGUGAAAGGGGGAGAAGCUCCACUUUGACUGAGCAUGUCCAAACUUUUGACUGGUUCUAUAAAAAAUUAAACUGGACUAAUCUAAUUCAGGAAAACAGAGCAGUUUUUUAUUACAUGUUUUUGGAAUUUCUAAGAUAAGUAUCCAAAUUAAUAAUUCAGAAAAAUAUUUUUAAUUUCAAUAAAAGUUAUAUAGGAAUUAUUGCAUGUACAUCUUGUUCAUUUAAAAAACAUGGGGGCAUUUGUUCUUGAAAAAAAGUGCAUUAGGCUCUGUUGUUCCUCUUUCUUUUAAUUUUAAGUGAAACUCGACUUUCCAAAUCAAUGGAAACACCUCUACAACUAGCAGAUAUGUUAAUGUGUUAAUGCGUAUUAGUAGCACUGAACUACAGUGCUGACGUGCAGUAAAACACUACAAAGCUGCUUCUUUGCCUGUUAUCGUUUACACUGCUGCUAGUAAAUCCUUGUGUUUCUUUGCUAAUAUUUUCUGAUUUUCUGUAAAUGUUUAAAUUUCUCAGUGGCUGGUUCCACGAGGAAGUAAACAUAUCAGCUCAUCAGCUACAGAAAUAGAUCAGUGCUCGUUUGUAUUGUAUUUACGUAGAGCUAUGUUCAAAGAUCAUUCAGGUUUUUCAGAUGUAUGUGUGAAAAUCCACAUUAGUUGUUCAGUUCAGUUCUGUUCAUUUUUAUUUCAAACAUAUACAUUCACCAACAUAUCACAACACCAAUGUACAACAACAGUUGUUGUACAUUCACUCACAUACAUGCAACGUACCACAAUAGCUUGCUAAAAUUAGCACUCACGGAGCUGCUGGCAUGGCUCUUACACCUGUUUAAACAUGCAGAAGAUUUUCUACUACGUAAGACUACGUAAGAUUUUCUUCUACGUCAUUUCACAAAGGUCAACUUUCAUGCUAAAUUAAAGGAAAAAACUGAACCCUUGCCCUCUGCAGUAAAGCAACACGGUCGGUGUUGUGGUUUCACUCCAUUUGUCACAAUGCUGUGGCUCUGGGUUAUCACCUCUGUCCUCUGAUGAAAUGUUUCUUUGCUAAUAAGAGUUCAAAGAAUAAUAAAAAGAGUGAAAAUUUUGUGAAAUGUAUGACAUUGCCUUUCAAACCCAACUGAACACCUACUGUAGAAGAUUUUGUGUUUUAGUUUUAUCCCCUGAUGAUGGACUGGGGUUUUAACGCUUUGUGAACCUAAGUGCUUAAGAAGAUAAAUGGAUGGUGGAUCCCUUCCACCAAAGUUUCUGAGACUACCCACCUUUUCUUUUUCUUCUUACAUUUCUUAAAAUCUAAAUCAAUACAAGAUGAUAUAAUAAUAAUAGUGUUGUUAAAACUAGACAAGGUGAUAUUCUGUUGUUUAUAGUGUGUCAUACCUCAUUACACCCAGAUUUUAUCUGCACUGGCGUUUCAUAAAACUAUAUCCUGUUACAAACUGUGUUGUACUCUGUAGUAAAAAGACACCAUAGUGUGUACCAUGUAUAUACUGUCUUCUUAUCUUCCACAUGCCUUAAAAACUUUAAAAAUCAGUGCUUUAAGAUGUUUUGUAGGCCUAUAAUUGUACUAUAGCAAUACUUUACACUUGUAUCAGGGAAAUAAAUUAUUUCAAUA